UAUAAACUGCCACCCGUGAUAAGCUGACAUCGCUGACUGUGAGGAGGCGCGCAUCUAGUCAUUCCUCGGGGAGUGGUGUGGAUGGCGCGGAGGCGGCCUAGUUGCAAAACGGCUGUAUUCAAAUACUCUUCCCGCGUCUGGCAAACUCUCCUUCUGCAUUUUGCGCUACGCCGUCUUUUCUCCGCGAUUUGAUUUCUGUGUGACUCUCUUGUGCGACUCUCUCUUUCUCUCUCUCUCGAUCGACAAUGGCGGGCCCAAGGAAGAGGUCCAAUGAAGCAUUGAAUCCAAAAUCUGCCAACCACGGAAUACCUUCAGGUCUCGAAAAGGAAGGUCGGGCCGACAUUUCUGAGUUUGAAGUAUAUCCAGAACUCAAGAGUGAUAUCGAUAACAUUCUCGCAGCUCUACAACAAGUUCAACAAAGGACCAUUUCAGAUGGACAGAAGAAGAGCGAAGAGUUACUUGACAGUACCGCAGGUGAGAUCAUGUCCAUGAUACAGCAAGCGAAGGAAAACAUGGAAACUGAAAGGGAAACUCUUUCAAAACAGACCUCAAAACUUUGCAAGGAAUAUGAUGCAGCCUUGAAAGCUGAAGCUACCAAGUAUAAGGCAGCGUAUGCAGCUUUCUGUGAGGCAAAAGACUCACAUUUACAAGCUUACGAAGACAUCUUUGCAAAAUUCGAAGAUUGUAAAGAACAGCUUCUGAGUAAAUUUGAUCAACUACGAAAGAAGGAGAAAGGCGCUUAUGCUAAUCUACAGCAGAUCUGCACACAAAAAUUCGAUCAAGCGGAACAAUCGAUUAAAAAAAUGAAGCAGGAAGAGAGAUCCUUUCAAAUGCUGAAAAAGUCCCUGGGGACUAUCUUAGUAGGUAGUUCUGAUGAUGAAGCCGAUGAUACUGUAUACGGUUGAAACCUGGCUCGGGUACAACGUCCUUAUAUGCCGAAUAUUAGCUACAACAGAGGACAGAGUUUCGAUCCAGAAAGUGAAAACGAACUGGUGGCUAAGUCUUUCAUAAAUUUACAAUUCUGUAAAGAUCUACAUCAUACCAGUUAUCAUUCCCUACUGAGACUAGGAGUGAUGAACAUGUGUGAAGAAAUGAUGAAAUGCAGAAGUCUGCACCAGCAUUGCAAACUCUUGUCUUCUCUUGUUUCUCCCAUUCUUCCAUCUCCAAUUUUGCAAAAAAACAAAGCAUUUA